AUGCCAAUGAAAGUUGCUAAAUUACUUCUUCCCCAAAUUUCCAAUAAAAACCAAGAGACAAUUAUAAGAAUAUAUCCAGACAAAUCAGCCGAGGCGCAAAAUCAGACAGGUCACUAUAUGUUGAGUCUUAGUUACAAGAAGUUGAAUGAUGGCAGUAGUGGACCACCUCUUCAACAAAACGAUUGCUCUCCUGGCGGGUGCUGUUGUUGUCCUGAAAGUGAGUAUGAUCGUUGAAGAGACUACACCUUGUAGUCCAAGAUUAUCCACCAAUGUAGGUAAAACGUCUUUUAAAGUUUUUGGUUCAAAAACUUGAGGGAAACUGUACGCCACUUAUAUUUCUACUGCAUAAUAAGUUUAAGAGAGAAUGAAAAUACUAACUUUUAAUCAAUAAAACUUGCUUCUACUAUGCAUGCUCCACCACUGAUGUAAUUUUAGUUGUUUUGUCUUCUUUUUGGUACCAUUUAUCUGACUGUCGGUGUCCAACUAGAAUGCUCAAGAUACUUUGACACUGCACACAUAUGUACUAUAUCUUCUCUCAGUCUAAUGAUUACUAAUAACCAUUCUCCUUCUUAGUACGUAACGUGUGUUAAUGCCUUUUAUUUGCCUCGUUAAUUUGCAUGUCACACGAAAAAUUGCUGGGUGGAAAACCCAUCUUUUAUUCAGGCAAUUUUCUUGAAAAAAUAUAACUUGAUAUUCAACUUGUUGCUUUAUGCUUGCUGUCAUUAAGGUUACGAAAAUGCCGUGCGCAAAACGAUCAUAUCAGGGCCAGUUUUAAACUCGGCAAUUUUAUGUGUACACCUCGGUAAAGCAUGGACCAAUAGACCCACGAUUCAUUGUCAGGUGGUUCUUAUCAGAAGCCAUUGGACGAUGUUAGUUACCGUAAUAAUGAUUAUGUUCAUGGAAUGAAAGGGCACCACUUGAACAGUGAAAUACAUAAGAUCCUUACACGGUCAUCACAUACCCCCUCGUUCUAGGUAAAUGGCCUUAAGCUAGUUUUCAAAUUAAAUGUACCACUUUCAUACUUGGUAAAACUAAGACUUUCUUUUUGAUGUAUUUUCAAGUGAUGAUUCCAGUAAAAAGUUGAAAACAACCGUGAAGGGGUCUAUCAAUUGAUUAACAGCCUCUGCAGCCUUUUCUAACUGUUUUUUUAUUUUGUUAUGGUCACAGCCAAUAUAGAUCCCAUGUCCAUUUGUCGCCCGGGCUGUCCAGGUAUGUUAAUUAUUUCACCACUUCUUUUCUUUGCAAAAGUCGACAAUUUUCUUUAAAGGUUAGUUAAAUGAGGAAAACUUCAAAUUAUUAUUUUGCCGCAAACCUAAAACAAUGAAGAACGUGUUUUUGAGGCAAUUGUCCUGGGAUUCGCCGUGGGUCGAUGACCCACUAGCAUAUGCUCUCUUUGACUACCUUUGAAAUAUUGGUAGAAUCAAUAUACACAUUCAUAUAUGCGGUGAUGAGUCCCUAAAAGCUGUGCAGGCCACAUACCAGUAACAAAGUGGAAAAUAAAGCUCUUAUUGUAUAAUAAGCCCGGGCAGUUAUAUAUCAGUUGUUGUUAUAAUCACCGGGACGAAAAGUGGAUUUGCAAGAAUUUGCAAUUGGCAAAUAUGUCGUAACAAUGUGAAAACUGAGGAUUAAAUCUGAGGCAAAUAUAUUAAAUGCCACAUGUGUCUUCAUAUUUGCAACCCCGUAUUUUUUGGUAUGCAAAUGUGGCAUUUACCAUCUUUGCCCGAAGGUUCACUCCUUCCUUAUUAUAUUUUUGCGACAUAUUUACAAGGAACAAAUUUGUGAAAUUCUAUUUUUUUGUCCAGUGAAUGUUAUUUUUUUAAUUCACCUAAUGUUUUCUUUCUCUUUUUCAUAAUGGCCAUUGCAGUGUGUCACACACGUAAGUACAUUUCUAAAAAUUAUGUGUACUGCUGUAUUAAUCUUUAUCACAUUCUGUCCUAAAUGAGAUACUUAAAUGGAAUUUCGAAAAAAUCGUUUUUUCAAUGCUGUCUUUCACCCUUCCCCGAAGUGCCUUUUUUUAAACCCCCCCCCCCCCCCCAAAUCCUCGGUAAAAAAAAAAAAAAAAAAAUAGGAAGGAACGCUAGAGAUUCGCGCAUCUUACAGUUUUACCACUCUACCACAACAACGUGUACAAAGAUUCCCUCUCCAUUUUUUUAAUUUCAUGAUUUUUCAUGAUUUCCAUGAAAACAGUCUCAAACUUCAAGGAGAAAAAAGAUAUCAAGAUCUAGGGCCACUUGUUUUUGGCAAUUCAGCUUAAUUGUAUGGAUUGAGCUAUAACGUCUCGAGCAACACAUAUCCAAAUUAAGUAUGCUUUGGAGAUGUAGAAUCGAAUAAUAAUAAUAAAAAAAACGAGCGAAUUGUUGGGCUCUGAGCGGCUAUUUAAGGUGGCUCGACUGGAUUUUUUAGGGAGUAAACCUCACCACUUUGAGCGUUUACCACGUUGGCAUUAACAAAGAUAACGCAAAAAGGUUACAACAGUUACUCUGUAUAAAUAUGAGACAUUGUUAUGAUUCAUGUUUUAUUGACAUCAGAGUUACCAUGGCAACAUAAUGACGCAAUUGCGUUUUUAACUUGCAUUUGUAUUUCUUAGUUCUAAGGGUUUUUCAGUUCAUAAAUCGCUUAAAGGAGCUUGUACCUCCCUUAGUUACCUCGGUUAUGGCAAAGUUUGAACAAACUCUAUGAGAGCGUUUUGGAAAUGUUUUGAAACAAAGUGAGCGUCCUCAUUAUUCACUGGCAUUGUUUUCAAUAUCAUAUGCACAUGCACAACUUUAAUUUGCAUUAAAAAGGACCCUGGAUUACUUUCUUAUUGUUAUUCCUGCAAAACGUACAGUGUAGCUCCCGUACGCGACCCCACUGAUAAAAAGAAGAUUUAGUGGUGGGGUGUUUAUCGCUCACAAGAUUCGGUCAGGGUUGAAAAUAGUUUAUUGAAAUCAUUUUGUAUGUUUGCUUCCAUCCCGUCACUUAAAUUUUUCCUUUAACUCUGCGUAGCGUAAAACAAACAGCAAACAUAGAGAUAAAACCAUGCGUAAAGAGAGGUUGAAAACUCAUGAGAGGUAGUUGUUUUCGACAAGCUUGAACUAUAGGUUAGGUGGUCGCUUAUGGGAGGUGGUCGCGCAGGAAGGUCAUUUCAUUGCAUUCGUUGUAAUCAGUCGAAACCUCAUCAAUUUUGGACAGGCUAAGCAUUUCGAAAUUUGGGUUUUCAAGCAUUCUUAUCCAAGAUGUAUAUUUUCACAUUAAAUAUAUUUUAUCAAUUUAAUCUGUCUUUCAUUUAUUUUAAUUUUUAGCGUGUGUUUGCUGUUGUUGCUCUUCACCCCCACCACCUCCCCCACCUCCACCACCUCCCCCUAAAGAACCUCCUUCGCCUUGUCCUAUGGUAUGUCUUCCAAUAUGCUUACCUUGUCCAAAACCACCUUGCCCGUGCCGUCCGCAAUGCCUACGUCGUCCAAGAAUCCGGAGGCCCUGUUACCCUCCAUGCCGAAUUCCAGCGCCUCCAAUUGCAGGGCCCAUCCAAGGACCUUACAUAGCACCUCCGCAGGUCACAGGACCGUGCCAUCCACCGUGUUUUCCACAGCGACAGCGAUUACGGCCAAUUCUACCAGCUGCACCAGUUUUACCACACGGACCAAUUAUCGUGGACCACCCCCUUAGAGGACCUCCUAUAUUCAUAGGUGCGUAAAAUGCUACAAAUAGGAAACGGUAACCGGUUGUAUUGUUGAAUACGUUUCCUACAGUGAUGGGAAGCAAAGUUAAAAUUUUUGCUGUGGGGUUUUCUGUAUGAAAGAAAUUGGGUUUGCUUAACUUUCUUGGUAAUCGGCGUAACCUGUACCGACUCAUCGCACAUGUUGAUGUGGCUUGUGAGUUUACUUCAGCAAUGUCAAGGGUGAGUUUACUUUAGCAAUUGGAAAAAGAAAAACCCUGUGAGCACGCCUUCUGGUUUUGAGGAAGAGGCGACCUCCUUCUAGCCUUUCUACAUUCACAACAGAGUAUAUUUACAAGAUGUUUGAUAGGUGCUUUGAGUAAAUAUCUGAAUUACUUCAAUGAUGCGGGUUUAACUAAGAAACCCAGAAACAAAGCUUUAUCAUGUUUAUAAUAUAAAAAUUCACAAAUGCUUUCUUGUAGACUAUUGCUUAAUUAAAAUCAAAACUUUUGACAAUAUGCUUUCGUGUUUUCGUUUCCUUGUUUUGUUAAAAAAGGAAAACUUUCUAUUUCUAUUUGUGGAAAAUUUUUACUUGUAAAAGAUCAAUACGCCCUUUGCACGUGAAUUUCUUGCCUCGUAUUUUAGAAAAUAAUAAAGAUAUUAAUAAGACAUUUCGAUUUUAUAACCGAUAGUGAUUCAUAAAUUCAUAUGAACAAUCGUCUUAACCAAGUAUGUAAAGCCGGUUUCUAUCAUAUUGAUAACAUCCGUCGAAUUUGGUCGAAGGAGUGCCUUCAGACAUUAUUUUAUGCUUUUGUGACCUGAAGACCAGAUUACUGUAACAGUUUACUUUAUGGGCUGCCCAGAUAUCAGAUUUUUUAAGUUACAAGGUGUCCAGAACACCGCGGCAAGACUUAUUUCGAACACUAGGACGUAAGACGGUAUCUCGUCAGUUCUCUCUAAUCUUCAUUGGUUGCCAGAGUUUAAUCGUAGCUAUUUUAAUAUUUUAAUUAUUACUUUUAAGGCCAUUCAGGGCAUAUCACCUAGCUACAUCAGCGAUUUAUUUAGCAUUAGGGCCUGUUCUUCAUAUUCAUUAAUAUCGCAGCACUUGUUUUAGAACAUCCUAAUGUGCGUAUGUCGGCAUCUUUAGGCGCUAGAUCGUUUUCCGCUGCCGCCCCUACAUUAGAUGGGUUCACACUGGAAUUUCCAAUUGUACUUAAGACUAACUUGUGUGAACGGUUCCUUUUUCACUUGACUGAUCUUGACUAGUCGUACUUAGUUGCCACAGAAACUUCAAAACCUUAACGUGCCGAAGUGCCCUCUCAAGUAAGGUCAAAACCUUCCCGAGACAGUGUAUUCUCUUUUCAACUCGUUCAAGCCAUUUUUUCGUGUCCUCCUGAAGCAAUAAGCAGUGAUAAUUUUGCAAGAUUAGUCAACCUCGUUUUAUUAAUGUAUUUCUAUCAGCAUAUUUACCUUCUGUCGGUUUUAUCUAUAAUGGAUUCAUUUCAUAAAUUUAAAUUAAUAUGACUGUAAAGAGCUUUUGAUGAUAUAAAAUGUUAAAAGGCGCUAUUAUAGUAAAGUUAUAAAUUAUUAUUAAUAUCAAUAUUAUUAUAAAUUUUUAUACAAUCCAUCUACCAACAGAUCAGUGCCGUGAUAUGAUACCAGAGUGCAGGGAUUAUGCAAAGAGAGGAAUGUGCAAUCACCCAUCACCCUUACACUCUAUACAACAAUUAAGGAAAAUGUGUCCUUUCUCCUGUGGUUUUUGUAAUGGGUAGGUUUAUUAAAUUAAUUAAGCUGACGGUUUCUAUUACAGCUAACCUUUUUGAGCAUUUGUAAAGUAAAAAUCAUGAACUCCAAAACGGGCUAGGAAUUCUUAAAAACUUGUUCAAGGGUGUCCGUAUGUUCCAGAUGGAAUUGGAAAUUGGAGAUGUUCGCUUUUGAGGAGCGGGGAAAACCAGAGUUCCCGCAGAAAAACCUCUCGGAGCAAGCAAAGGAGGAAACCACCAACAAACUCAACACACAUCCGAAAUUUGGUUCCCUGAGUGCUCUCAUCACUGCGCCACCCUCGCUCCCCUAGGAGAAAAUUUUGAACAGAGGGCUUUGCGUACCGUACUAUUGGUAUUACUGAGAUUAUGUAACUUUAAAAGCACUAGCUAUGGAAUACAGAAUGCCAUCUUUGUUCACUAUACAGACCGUACAAUGGAACUCCCAAAUUAAAUACGACCUGUUAUUAGAGUUCCAGACUUUUACUUAGGACCACAUCUCCACACUGCGGAUUUAAGUGACCAGCCUCUACAUAUUCCAGACCUAUGAAUCCUAAAAAAGCAGCCAACGAAAUACUCGCGCGUUGUUUUUAUGGCGUUGAGCCACUAGGAAAACUAAUCUCAGUAAAAGACUUUUGCGAAUACCACCAUCUUAGCCUUAUAUUUUUCUGUCUUAUUUACUCUAGUUACGAUGAAAAUGCAGCUCUUCUUCGAAGACAACAACUUUUUAAGACUCACGUUUCUCCUAGCCUCCGCACAAAUCUGAACAGAGCCUUUGAUCAGAUCAUUCGAAACAAAGCUCUCGAAGGACAAUCUGCAAUAGAGCCCCAGAAAACAUUUAAAGAGUCUCAAACGGGACAGAAGAAAAGUAGCAAUCCAGCCACUUUGAUUUCACCAACUCUGAUUUCA